UUGCUGUUCGUGGAAGAUCGCCACGUGUCAUGGUUAUGGGAGCGUUAGGCAGAUGUGGUAAAGGAGCGGUUGAAUUUGCUCAAAGAGCAGGUAUUCAAGAUGAAAAUAUUAUUAAAUGGGAUAUUGAAGAGACCAAAAAAGGAGGACCAUUUAAAGAAAUCCUUGAAUGUGAUAUUUUUGUUAAUUGUAUUUAUUUAAAUCAUAAAAUACAACCAUUUCUUACUAAAGAAAUGCUUGAUCAAGGAAGACAACUUUCAGUUCUUGUAGACGUUAGUUGUGAUACUACAAAUCCCAAUAAUCCCAUUCCUGUAUACGAUGUCAAUACCACAUUUGAUAAACCAACCGCGCAUGUUGAAACAAA